AUGGAAGCUCAAGAAGACCCAAAGGGGUUUGAAGGUUUUGCUCUCUAUCGGCGGUUGGACGUAUUCGCAGGGCGGAGGCUUUUCACAAGGGUGCGAUUCAGCCGGCAAAAGAGAGACAUUUGCUUUGUCGGCAACGAAGCUAGUCAAAAAUAUGGGAUUCGACGGGAUUGGGAAUAUCCUCGUACUGAAACCGAGAAGAACCAUUACGUGGAUCUUCUUGCACAGUGCCGUCGAUACCUUGACGAACUGGGGGACGGAUACGAACUUUCAGUCGCGGCGCCUAGCGACCCUCUCAAUGUAUCAAAUCUCAAUCUGCGAGAAAUGGACCGAUUCCUUGAUUUCUGGAACCUUAUGGCUUAUGAUUUCGUUGGGGGGUGGUCUACAACCGCCGGGCACCAAGCCAAUCUCCAUCGCGAUCCUGGAAACUCCAGAUCAACGGGAUUCUCCGUUGAUGACGCUUUGAGACUGUACAGUUCCAUUCCUAGCUACAAAUUAGUCUUAGGAAUGCCCAUGUACGGUCAUUCCUUCAUCACAGACGGCCCGGGUGAGGUGGCCCAGCCCUAUAGCGAUCAUGAUCGUGUAUGGAACUAUAAGGAGCUUCCACCUGAUGGUGCGACAGAGUAUGUUCAGGAGGAUAUAGCCGCUUCUUGGAGCUAUGACCCUGCACGUAGACUCUUCACCUCGUACGAUAACCCUAGCAUCGCGAAAUUGAAAGCAGAAUAUAUCAUAAACAAGAAACUUGGCGGGGCUAUGUGGUGGGAAACUAGUGGUGAUAGGAAAGAUGAGAGAUCUUUAAUCAUGACAGUUGUUGAACAUUUGGGGGUCGGGCGCUUGGAUAGGAAAAACAACCACCUAGCCUAUCCAUAUUCGGAGUAUGAAAAUAUUAGAAAUCAGCGGUAG